AUGUCAACAUUAACAUUCAAUAUCGAAAAGAAAGCAAAUUUGGACAGAGUCCAAGAUUUUCCAGUUUCAGACUCUGAUGAGUAUGACUAUGAUGCUCAAAAUAAUGAAAAAACAGAGAUAAUACAACUGGAAAGUUUAACUAAAAUUUCUGAUACUUGCAAUGAAAUGGUGGUCACUCAAGAUAGUGAGAAAAAGGAAGCAACAAAAGUAAAAAGCUUUAUUGAUAUAAGUGAUGAUGAUGACAAAAAAUCUCCUCCGUCAUCUGCAGAAACAUCAUGUCCUACUUGUUUUUGCAUGUUUCCUUUUAAUGAAAUUGAGGCACAUGCAGACAUUUGUGCUGACAAGUGGAUAGACACAAUUGGAUCAAUAAAAGAUGAUCCUUUUGAUACAUCUGUCGAAAAUGAUGAUUUUUCUGAAACAUGUGAUGAUAGUAAUAUGAAUACGGUCGAAAUGAAAAAGAAGAUGAAAGAUUUGAUAGCUGAGCUUGCUGAACAUGUGAACCCUAUUAAAAUCCGAAUUAAUGUGAGGCGAAAAUCAGUUUUCAAAGACUAUUUGGAAAUUUCAAAGAAACAAUGGUUCAAUAACAAGCAAUUGCUGAAAGUAACAUUUGUUGGAGAGCCUGCAAUUGAUGAUGGCGGACCUCGUCGUGAAUUUUUUUCUGAGGUUCUUCAAAUUAUUCAACAACAACUGUUUAAUAAUGGGAUGCCUUUACCUGACAUGGCAGCGCUUGGGGGUGACAAGUUCAAAGUAGCAGGUCAACUGAUGGCUAGUUCAAUUGUGCAAGGUGGACCAGCACCGUGUUUCUUUUCAGACAAAGUUUAUGCGUAUAUGACUGAAGGUAUUUCAAGUAUAACAACUGAAGGAUGGAUUCCAGAAGUAAAGGAUAUUACGCUUGUUGAAGCUAUAGAGAAGAUUACAACUUGUUCAACUGACGAACAUUUACAAAGUGUGUUGCAAGAAGACGCCAUGUUGCAUGUUUUGCAACAGAUUCACUACAGGGGAGUGCCAUCAAGAGAAUCAUUGCAAUCUGCUAAAAACAUCUUAAGAGCAAUUGUAAUGUAUGAUUUUUCACGUUUCCUGCCUAUGCUGGACCAGCUUAUGAUUGGAUUAGGUUUGUUCAAUGUGAUGAAAGCAAUGAAAGAAGAAAAGGCAGCAAUGAAGGCACUAUUUGUUGCGGACUGUUCUUUUUUUUUGCCUUCUGCCAAUCAGCUGUUAGAUGGGAUGACAGCUGAAUUUAGUGAAGAAGGAAGCAAUUGCAAAAUGGCAGAAGUUGAUGUUUACAAAUUCUUUCUCGAUUUCUUGCAGGAUUCCAAUGCUUUCCAAGGGACGCAUGCCACUAACACCUUGUGCAUGUUGCACAAAUUCAUAACUGGAUGCGAGCAACUUCCACCAUUAGGAUUACCAAAACCCAUAACGGUUAAAUUCAAGCAUGGAUGUACAGAAGGGUGCAAGUGUCGGCCAACUGCUUCAACUUGUGAUCUAAGCAUUACAUUGCCUGUUCAUUAUAGAGAUAGUUACAACCAACUAAAAGAGGCAAUUGACUCUGCACUUAUCGAAGGAAAGGGAUUUGGCUUCAUUUAAUAAUGAUAAUUGUAUUUUAUCAUUUACAGGGGAAUAGCAAUCAACGGGAGUGUUAACCGUAAAAAAAUUCAUAAUUUUUAAUGGUAACAACUGCAUUAUUAGUUAUUAGUUAAGUUCAUAUUUAAUUGUUUUGUUAAAAAAACGUUAGGUAACAAUGAAUCCAAUU